AUGGUUUCUAAUCUACGCCGGCUGGCGGCAGAUCAUGCCGCUUUGCACUCCAAGCUCCCGCCGUACUACCUCGUGCAGCCGGAUGACGGCCACUUCGCUGCAGCAGAUGACCUUUCGCAGCUCACAAUCCUGCUCACUGGCCCUCCAGGGACUCCCUAUUCCCAGGGCUUGUGGCGAUUGCAGUUGAAGAUACCGGAAGACUACCCGAACAGCCCGCCCAAAGCGACAUUUCGGACUCGCAUAUGGCAUCCCAAUGUUGAGGAGAUGACCGGUGCGGUGUGUGUGGAUACAUUGAAGAGAGAUUGGCAGUCCAAGCUGACCCUCCGGGAUGUUCUAAUUACAAUCUCUUGUCUUCUCAUCAACCCCAACCCCGACUCGGCUCUCAACUCAUCUGCGGGAAAUCUGCUCCGGGAAGACUACGAUGUUUUCGCCCAUCAAGCUAGACUAAUGACCUCUAUCCAUGCCCCAAUCCACACCAGCCUCGAAAAUGCCGUCAAAGAAGCAAAACAUCGUGGCGAAGACCCCGGAUCGAUGCCCCGGGAAGCAGAUGCCCACUAUCAGCGCCCUAGAAAGCAACAGCGCAUACAGACAGGCACAACUAUGAAAAAUCGCCCACCAUCUGAAUACAUUCCACACCCACCCCGCGACUUGGCUCCACAUCCAGAGCCAGUCCUUGAAAACGACCCCAUGCAAAUGAGCGACAGUGAAAAUGAGAACGACGACCCCGCUAGCGCAAGCAAAGAAAAUAACCCCUCUCUCUCUCCAACACCUCUUCGCCUCGCACCACCAUCCAGUCCCCGCAAGAAUGCCUUUGGAAAACGGCCACUGUCUGUUCUGUCACUGGCCUAUCCCGAAGACCCAGACACAGAGAUGAUGCUGGUGGAUUCGGACUCAGAACCAGGAAACGAUACCGACACGCCCCCAACAAAUAGCUUCAGCUCCUCCGAGAAAAAUAUUGCCGCCAAUGUCUCUACCACAAUAAACUUCUCUCGGCCCACCCGCAACCCUCCCACCAUGUCUCCACAGCGCAAAACCCCCAAACUCGCACCUAGCAGAUGGGGAAACACACCCAGCCGCCUUCGUGAAGAUGUCCAGAUCUACGAGGACGUACCAGACCGCACAGUAACAGAUAUUUCACGCCGAUUCGGCAGCGACGGAAAAGAGAACCGCGAUUCCGUCCUCCUACCUCGCGGAUUGAAAGAUAUCAGUGGAUUGCAUGCUGAGAAGGUAGCACACGCUGCUAACCACCAAGCGAUGCAAUCAGGCCACCAGCCCAGUACAACGUCGGCGUCAUUGAUCCCAUCAAAGCAAUCCCCCUUCAAGCUCUCGAAGAAAAUCUCCGGUCUCCGGAAGGGAGGUAUGCCAAAGGCCAAGCCUCGGAUCGGUCUGCGACGACUUUGA